AUGCAUACAAUUGAGAGGGCCAAGAAGACACUAUCCUCGUACCGAACGGUGAGACAGCUGUCUUUGGCCAAUGUUUCAGACGAAUAUAAUCCCACGGUGCCUUAUUUCUCACGCUCGCUUUUAUGGAGACUUCAGCUGAUAACUAACUACGAGAAUUCGGCACCGGAAUUGACGCCUGCCAAUUCACCUGCUGAUCGAAUCGAUGUUAGGUUGGAUCGGCUGCAGUCGUCCCGGCGUGCGUAUGCUGGCCUUUUGAAUGAUUUCCCUGUGCCAUGGGACCAGCUUGAUCCUGGAAGUGAAUAUUAUUCACGUGCAAAGGACGCGGACGAAUUCGACAUUGGAGCCACCAGUCUUGGAAGGACCCGGGUCGAACAUGACCCGCUUUCCAGCCAGCGAAGCCCAAGAAUGACAGAUCUAAACGCCCUCCAGGCAAUUGUGACGGAUGUAGAACGUCUGUUUCCGCAAAUGCCAGCGUAUUUUAUUCGGAAUCUGGCGAACAAACGCGCAGUGGUGGAAAUCCUGUUCGUGUGGUGGAAGCUGCAUGGGGACACUUACCAACAGGGUCUUCACGAGAUUGCUGGAUUGGUGUUUGUUGAGCUCUACAAAGAGGCUCUGGAUCCAGUAAAAUUACAAAAGAAACGCAAAGAUGGAUCUGAGAUUGUGGAGCUAGACGUGACUGAUACGGCCAUACUGGAGCUCUACGAUGUCAACCAUCUUAAGGCAGAUGUGUACCAUAUUUUUGCUCGAAUAGUUGCUAGACCAUAUGAGCUUUACUACGGUGAAUCGUCCCUGCUUGAGGAGUCCAUAAAGUUCAAUCUCAAGCUCCAUCGGUGUGAUAGGUACCACUUCGUUCUGCUCAACAAUAAGCUCAAAAUUGAGCCGUCAAUCUGGCUGAUUCGGUAUUAUCGACUUCUUCUUCUUCGCGAGCUUGGGGUAGAUUCUUCAUUGCCAUUGUGGGAUAAGAUGGUCAGUUUUGGGUAUGUUAAUAAGCGAAAGGAGCCUCUGGAUACUACGCUGCUUCUCCCAUACAUAGUGAUCAUUUUGCUAUCUUUGAUUCGCCCAGAGACAAUGCAGAGUGAUUAUGGAGAAGUUAUGUAUCUUUUACUGCACUAUCCAGUGCAAACACGAAAUGAACGCACCAAUAAGAGUGUCAGAUUCAGCAACGACAUCGACGAGGACGAAGACGACAACCACCAUAUUGACGAUGAUCUGGUCUAUGAUGAAGAUUCUGCUGAUUCCGAUGUCUCUGGGUCUCCACGUGUGGAAAUUGAUCCAAAUGUCAUUAUCACAGACGCUAUCGUGAUGUACAACUCUGAGCCCGAGCUUGAGACUGUGGGAAAGAUGGUUGUCGAACGGUACGCCGCUAUACACGCUCGAAUUCCGCCUGUGGAGAGGACAAACUCGUUGAUGAGUCUGAUGAGAAGAUCUUCAGGGUCGUUUAGAAGGCGUUCGGGGAGCGGUAGUGAGGACUCCAGACGGAGUCCGGCCAAGCUUCAGCCAGAGAAGGCUUACAAACACCCCGAUAAUGCGAAUGACAAUUCCAAAAAGCCUGAUUUUGAAAGAACAAGGCUGGAAAUGAGAUUGCAACGAAAAGUGAGCAAGUUGAUGAAUAAGUGA